AUUUUGUUUAAGGAUGUUUUUGCAGGGAAGAAGCAUGUGUAGCAGCUACAGCUAUGGUCCGGGUGAAGUCGAGGUAUUUACUUUGUGAAGUAAAUGUGACGGACCGAAACUUGCUGUUGCUGCUGGAUGACCGUGCAGUCACCGCGACAGUGAAGGAUGUUGUCCAGCGCAUUCACGGUGACUAUGGGGCAGCUCUCUGUAGUUUUGGAUUUUCUGUGAAAUACAUUAAUGCUGUCACUGGAAUCAUAUUCCUACGUUUUCCUAAAAAGUGUUACAAACAACUUUGGACUGCAUUGCCUUUUAUUACCAGUAUUGAAGCAAGAGGGAAGAAAAUUCCCUGUUUCCUCAACUGCAUCUAUGUGGGAGGAACAAUUAGAACAUGCCAAAAGUUUCUGAUACGGUAUAAUGCUCAUCAGCUACGUCGGAUGCUCCCAAAAUGUAAAAGUGACGAUGAAAAACGCAACAUUCAGCAAGCCAUUCUGGACUGCUCUCUCACACGAACGCAUACAGAUGAGGCAGAGGAUGCACUAGAAAGUGAAGAAGAUGAGUGACCUUCAGUAAUAUUAGGCGCAAUUGUAUAUAUUGAUUUGACAGACUUUAUAUUAGCUAAAUUAGGUAUUAAACUUGCAAUUACUACUUAUUAGCCAUUAUUUCCCAUCAGUGAUGUGUGUAUUUACUGUAAUUGGAUUGCAAUUUUAAUUAUACUUCCAAUAAAAUGUCAAUCACUAACAAAAUACUUAGUCUUACUUGUGUUGUAAGGUAACCACCUCAAAGGCAGAGAGACGCAACUUGUAGCAGCGUCACGAUGAUGUUUCUCAUGUCGUUGGUGUGAUGCUGAGACAAUUUAAACAGUCUCUUUGUUUACCUCUAUUUGAUUGUCUUUAGUAAAACAUAAAAGCACAUAUUUGAUUAAUUUAUACAAUACAAUUAGCUUCCCAUUUUAGGGCCAAUGUAGAACAUAAUGCUACAUUGAGAAGUAAAGGCUAAUAAGGCACUCAACUAUGCUCAACUAUUAGCCUAUGUCUAUUAAUGAUCUUGUUGUCUUCCCUUGCACAUUUUUGUAUUUGUCUUCUGUAUUAAAUUAAAAGCACUAAACUGA